UUUCCCUCACUAUAACUACAUAAAACAAAAACAUUAAAUCUUUAGAGAAUACUCCACAUUUCUCAAUACUACUAUCCAAAUCCCAAAGUCUUCCUUCAAAAUUCCAUUCCCAAACCCACUCUUAGCUCAUUUCUGCAACACAAAAACCUAAAUUUUAAUGCAAAAAAGGUGCAAACUUUAUAAUUUUUAGUAAAUUUUUGUGGGUUUAAGCUUAAAAUCUGAAAUGGGUGAAGGUGAAAAUUGGGGAUUGCAACCAAUUGGGUCCCCAAAUGUGGAUAUAGAAAAAUCAGAUGUUCAUUGGAGUCAUUUUGAUAGUUCAGUAAAUGCAGUUUCAUUUGGGUUUGUUGCAACUGCUGUUCUUAUUUCAAUGUUCCUUGUUAUGGCCAUUUUUGAGAGGUUUCUUAGGCCUAAUUCACUUGAAAUUUCAGCUUCUGUUCAUCAAGAUAUUGAAUCCCAAAUGGGUUUUUAUCCUAAGCUUGGCUACUCAUCUCCCAAGAUGACAGUGUAUUCUCAAGAGCUACCAGUAUUGAUGCCCGGAGACAAUAUUCCAACCUUCAUAGCUCAUCCCGUUCCUCUUCCAUGUCCGCCUGACCGCAUCCAAUGGCCUCCCCUUAAGUUCAAAACACCUCAAAUAACCGGAAGUACUCAACAAUCUAUUGUAAGAGAUCCAACCUAAAGAUAGAAAUGUAACAUAUGAUACCAAAAUUGUAACUAUCCCGAAAUAAUCUCAGCCAAAAGCUUAAGCUGAUAGUUAAGUCGCUAAAACACUUUUUAUAGCUCAAAUAUGGAGGAUUUCUUUCUCCGUUUGGGUUAUUUAGCACAUGUACAUAGAGCAUCUAGCUCCUUUGGGCUUAUUGUAACACCUCGGCUCCUCGAAUCACCGGUGACUACUCAUGGAGAUUGUACACUAGUCCCAUAGACCAACACAAGCCUUUCCAGCGCGCUUUGGUCUCACUCGUGUGCACCCGAGAAAACUUUCCGGGAGGUCACCCAUCCUAAAAUUGCACCCCACCAAGCACGCUUAACUGUGGAGUUCUUAGCAAAUGGGAUCUCAUGAAAAAAAGAUGCACGUUGUUGAUAUGAGUACUCUAUCAAUCCUUUUAAAUCUCAAGGUAUCACACUUACUUGGCCCUUUACUUUGCGAGAAUGAAAGGGGUUAUCGUUACAAUAUUCAAUCAAAUUCGAAGAAAUGAAUGUGGUUGCUAGAAACCCCAAUUGUAAAGAAGAUUGGAAUUUGUAAUUGAAUAUUGUGAGCACAAGGUUUCAAUAUUCAUACCAUGUUUAAUGUUUGUACCCAGGUUUUUUUUUUAAUUUUAAUUUUAAUUUUAUUUUAUUUUCACUUUUCAGUGAAUGUUACGCUGGAAUGAUUUGAUAUUGUAUAAACAUGAAGUUGUAGGCUUAAAUAUGAAAAUCAUAGUUGUCUUUGUGAACUUUGUUA